GAGGGAGGGAGGGAGGGAGGGAGGGGGAGGGGGGAAGGGAGAGGGAUCGACAUCCGUUUGAUUCACCGUGCAUCAUGAGGCCGAUCAGAGAAGGCGAGGCGCUGGUGGGGGUCGCCGGGGCUCCGGCGGCGGCCGGCCACGGCGCGCACCCGGCGUUCUGGAGGACGCCGACGCCGUACAUCUUCAUCGGCUUCACGCUCAUGAUGGGGAUCAUCGCCGUGGCGCUGCUCGUGCUCGUCUGCACGCGCCGCAAGCCGUCCGGGUCGUCGCGCCGGGGGAGCGCCGGCGAGGAGGCGUCGGCCCGCGGGAUGGUGCCGCUCGACAGGGAGCCCAGUGUCGUCGUCACCAUGCCCGGCGACGACUUGCCGUCCUUCCUCGCCAGCGCCAGGCCGUUCGCGUUCCCUGACGCCGUCGAGCCGCCACGCCAGCCGGACGCGGCCUAAGCGCGCGCGCCGCGCCCGUGUUCAUCAAUCAGAUUUCUAGGAUUUAUCCUAAGUAAUCUUGUCACCAGUAGUAGUAUCUAGUCGAGGAGAUCUGUGAAAGCGAAUGAAGUUUCGGCUUUGCAUUGCUUGGUUUU